AUGAGUAAAAUACCCAGUAUUAGUCCCUUGACGGUGACUAAUUUAAUCUCGAAGCAAGCAGACGAGAUCGAAGAUAUUUGUUCAGAUGGUGACACGGAAUCGAGCUUGAGUACCAUCAAAAUGGGCGGCAAGGUGAGCGGUAGUAGUGAAGGCAAAGAUAGUGUAAAGGAGGAUGGAAAGAGAAUAGAUGAACGUCCAGGGUUGCUCCGCAAAAAAUCGGGAGAGUUGAUCAAAUCGUCGCUCAAGUUGAGUGGGUUGUCUAGAAGUUUGUCAGCAUCACAGUUGGGCAGCAAAUCAGUAAGGUUUGCCACACGGUUAGCUAAUGUGAAGAUGUUUGACGGUCAGCAGUCACCCAGCACGGUUUCAACGGCCGAAAACACACCCAUGUCGUCGCCGCAGGCGUUGGACGACUUCAAUUCGAAGGGGUACUUUGACCUAAAGUGGGAGGAUGACGAGGUGAGCGAUAUUACCAGUGACACGUCUUCCGACGAAGAGAUUCAUUUUCAUAGUCCUGCCACCUACAGAAUCGCGCACCUGGACUUCAGGCCCCCUAGAAACAUAUAUGACAAGCAGGAUAUGCCAUGCUACUUGCAAUCGAUCAAGCUCUCGCCCGAAAAGACGGCGUUGGUUGGGUUGAUCAUGGUGAAGAAUUUGGCGUUCGAAAAACGCUUGUCGAUCAAGUUGACGUUCAACGCGUGGCGGUCUGUUCUUAUUAUCAAUAAUAUAUCUUACAGCAAGUCAUUUUCUUCCAUUAACUUUGACCAGUUCAAGUUUGUCAUUCCGUUGGAACACAUGCCUAAGCAACUCGACUUACAAUUUGUCAUCAAGUAUGAAGUUGGCGGAAACAGCUUCUGGGACAAUAACAACCUGAAGAACUAUCACAUCUCAUUACAACCAUUUGAAACCGCAUCAAACACGAAGUUGCACAACUCGUCCUUCAAGAACACUGUUACUCAGUUUGAUGAGUUGGUUACAAAGUUAGUCAAUUAUAGAAAGGCCGAUUGUGCAUUGGACGGUGAUAUAAUUAAUAACGACGAAUAUGUUUAUUCCAAAAAGCCGUUCUCCUCGAAGGCCAAGUCGGACUUUCACAACAGAUAUAACAUCAAUGACAAUUUGAGCGAACCUAGAUCGAAUCCUCAUGAACCAAGAUCAAAUCCGUUUAUUUCCAGCACACCUACAAUCAACAUUGAACCUCCUUCAAAUUCAUCAUCUUCCUCUGGUGGUGCGGUUCCUACAAGACCCCCUCUUAAAAUGUCAUACUCAACGUCGGAUAUUUCCAACGUUAAACCAAAAUAUUCGAAAUCCUACAAGUCGAAACAAUCGGUGCCCCAAGGAAAUGACAGUACUAACUUUAAUUCCCAAUUUUACACUAAUUUAUUACAAAGCUACUGUUUUUACAAUGGCGAUAAAUCUACUUCUUCCCCAUCUUCAAAUUCAUCGAGCACUCCUCAAUUCAAUUCAACUAAUACAAUUCCCCACGCUUCAACUGCGUCCACCCUUCAAUCCUACAGCGAUUCCAUAUAUAUUUAA